ACAAUUCGGCGAGAGGUCAAGUCCCAAGUCCUCAAGUACAAUAUUUUGUGCGCGAUAUUUUCAAUGUUCAGUGCAGUCGUCUUUGGGAGUAUAUAUCAUCUACCAGUACCUCGAUAACACACAGUCUCGUCUCGUUAUCAUCUGACGCUCUCUGCUAUCCUCUUCCCCUGAUUUCUAUAAUCAAAUUAAAAGAUGUCUACCUACAAACUGACGUAUUUCAAUGCUCGUGCUAGAGGGGAACCUGCCCGGAUGCUCUUUGCUCUGGCUGGACAGAAGUAUGAAGAUAUUCGGUAUGAUUACGAGGGACAGGAGUGGCCUAAAAUCAAAGGAGACAGGAAAAGGUUCCCCCUUGGUCAGGUACCCGUGUUGGAUGUAGACGGUCAGCUCCUGACUCAAAGCAGGGCUAUUUACCGCUUUCUAGCUCGUCGCUUUCCAGGUGAUUACUAUGGGAAGAACGAUGAUGAGCGUGCACAGAUAGACGUCAUCCUUGGGAUCAUAGCGGACAUCGAGAUCGCAAUCACACCAGCUUUCGAGACACCAGAUGCUGCCAAAAGAGAAGCGGAAUUUGUCAAGGGUAGGGACAGUACUCUGAAGCCUUCAUAUGAGUUCUUCUCUCAAUCUCUUCAGAAAGCAGGAGGAAAAUACUUCGUUGGAAACAGGAUGACGUUAGCCGAUCUGAUCAUCUUCAAUCUCAUCGAUUUUUUCAUGGACAGCAGUGUUGGUCUGAAGACAUAUUUUGACCCUUACCCAAACCUGGUCAAGUACUACGAAACAAUCAAGAGUGACUCUCCUCUCACCGGAUAUCUUAAAACAAGGAAAUACACCCCUUAUUAAAUCACAAUUUAAUAAUCAGUACACUGCAAAAACUCUGGUGUUCAUUUAACACCAGCCCGGAAUAUUUAAAUAUCUAGAUAUGACAAUAAGUCGCAAAAAAACUGUUUGUGAUACAUCCUCCAGAUUCGGAUCGAAAAUAGAUAGUAUUUAAUCCAAAAGUAAAAUGGAAAUGUACGCCGUGUCAUUAACGAUGUAAGAAAAAACAUAUUUCCUUACCAUCAUGACUGCAAACAAGUUUAAAACAGAAUCAUUGGUUAAACAGGGGUUUGCAUGUUUGUUUGGUAAAAUAACAAUUAUUGUGUUUGAUUCAGGAGCCGUGGAACAUGGGUCUGAGGGGGGGGGAGCUUCAGCCCCCAAAACGUUCAUGGCCAUCUUUUUUUGCAUGGUCACCCCUCCCCCCCCCUUCACAACCGUUCCGCACCUUUUGAGACUUAUCAUUAUUCUGACCAUGGACCUACUAGUCUGACGCAUGUUCUGACCAACAAAUGUGCAAGUUUCAUUUAAACCUGAUAUUUGAUAAAAAAUUGUAUUCAAGCUUCUUUUAAAAUGUAUGUAGAUGCGUGAAUAUAUUGUGUUGUUAUAAUGAGUAGCCAUUGUACUGUAAAUAAAAGCGCUAUUAGAUUUUUUUAUAUAACGCUGUUUCCCAUAUGAACCUUACAGUAGUUGUUUAAACAAGAGUUUAAAAUCUUAAACAACCAUGUUUAAUUUUUAAUAUAUUUAAUUUUCAAUAAAUUAAGCAUGGUUGUGUAAACUAUUUUUUACAACUACUUUGAGGUUAACAUGGUUAAAAAAAUCAAUCAGCGUUUGAAGUGCUCUAUACCAAAGUGGACAUCUAUGUCAGUUCUCGAUCGAACAUUCCAUUCUUGUUAUAUGAUGAGUGAGAUAUUUAACUAAAAAGUCUAAUGCCAGUAUUCAUUUACAAAGAAAAGAUUGGGAUCCCAAUAGUUGACUUCCUCUUCCCCGUCUGUCUGUCUGUCUGU